GCCCAAAAUCCGCCCACGUGAAUAUCACAUGACGCGGGUGCGGUAUAAUUGGAAAAAACUUUAGACUGCGGUGUUGUUUGGCAUGGCUGGAGUGAACUACAAGCAGGACAUGCCUCCCAAGGGAGGCUACCAGCCCUUUAGGGUCUCUCGUCAUCUCCCAAACCGAGGACCUAGCGGGACUGUCAUCAUGCUGGGCGGAGUCGCUGUAAUGGGGUUUGGCUUUUACGUCAUAAAAAAAACGAACGAAGAGAGACGGGCACUGAAGAGAGAAAAACUAAAUGCGCGACUUGCACUGCUUCCACUUUUGCAGGCAGAGGAAGACAGGAGGAUGCUACGUAGCCUGGUGGCAGCAGAGGAGGAGGAGGCCCAGAUAAUGGCUGGAGUCCCUGGCUGGCAGGUGGGAGAGAGCAUCUACCACACUGACAAGUGGAUUCCUCCACAUCCGUCUCAGCUCAAGAACCACUAACACUGCUCUAUGUCAUAGUGUUAUAGUCUCUGUUCAGUUGUGUUGGCUGUUAUUUCAAAUUCUUCAAAUACUGUUAAAACUUCUCC